GCUGCCGCAGAGCAGGGCUGUCCCACUGCCCCACCUGCAAUGCCCUUGACAGGCCGCCGGGCGCCCAUACUGGCACUGCUCUAUCACGCUGCUCAUAGCGGGCAUCGCAUCGAGGCUUUCGUACAUGUAGCAGCAAUACGACGAUGUUGGCACCGACUCGGCGGAGUGCACCAGCAAGCCUGCCACCAUCAGCAAGCCUCACACCUGCAAAGCAUCCUGCAACUGAAGCCGGUCGGUGGCCGAGACGAAACCCUGAAAGGAGCCCCAUCCACGGCGAUGACGAUGGGCGCCGAUGUCGCGAAAGCCUCCGUGGCGAUCAAAGCAGCGCCAACAGAAUCAAGUCGAUCGGGAGGUAUUCUGGGUCCUCUGAAGGAAAGCAUCAGAAACGACAGGGGGGGUGGCGAAGACUGCGACACUGCCCUCCUCUACUUUGCGUACGGGGCCAACAUGUGCCCUUCGAUUCUAACGAGCAAGAGAGGCGUGAAUCCCUUCGCAUCGCUACCUGCAGAGGCGACACAUUUCUCCACCGGUACAAGACGAAACCCGAGCGCUACCGAUGGAGUGGGCAGAGUCAUCCGUCGAGACAAGACAGACGCGCAGAAAUCGAGAGGGAUGUGCGUGUGCUUCUGCCAUCGCGCCGGUUACGCUACACUCGCACAUAGCCCUGGCCCUCCACAGUCGUGGGAGACAUCGCCGGGUGCGCACGGUGUGUUGCACGUCAUCUCGCCAUCCAGCUUGGAGAAGAUAGCAGCGUCAGAAAAUGGCUACGAAAAACGUUUGGUUGAUGUGGAAACGCCCACGAGGGAAAGGGACAUCGCCGUCUGUUUUGUCUCGAAUCCGUGGCAAGCACUUCCCGCAAGCGUCCCGCCAACGUCCAGGUAUCUUUCCCUGCUCCAAGACGGAGCAGCCUACCACAACGUCGACGAGGACUACAGAGCGUGGCUGGCACGACUGCCUUCUGUUCGCCCAGAGGAUGAGACGAUGUCCUCGGACCGGGUACGCACUCCUUCCAAGAUUGUGACGGAUACGGUGCUGGCCGUAGCGGCGUUUGCUGCUGUCGUAGCUGCUGGUGCGGCGACCAAUCCCUUCUGAAGUGGUCUCUUCAAUCGAUGUUAUUUUGGUGCUUGCGGACAUAUUGCGAACCCUUUCCUCGAGUUGAGAAGCAUGCAGGUUUGAAAUCCAUUCGUUUCUCCGCUCACCAGCUUUCCACCGAUUCUGUAAGGGGGGGGCGGGGGUCGCACCCCAGCCAAAUGUGGUAAACGUCGUCGGGUUCGGGUUUGAUGUUUGCGAAACAGGGGAGACUUCGGACCCUCGUUGUUAGCGUACGAACGUUUUGCGUGUUUGUGUACUUUGCCUGGCAAAGAGUCUAGGUUCACGUAGUUUUCCGGUCUAUGCUGCGAAAAUGAAAAUGGAGCACAUCACCGUGAUAAACACCUCAACAAUACCCGGCACACGCACAUAUGUUCUGAUUGACGGUGGCAUCUGAUGGCUCUUCUGAUUGGAACCUUUCUGUGCUUGCUUUCAAGUUACAAAAACUUUUAGACUUGUACGAUAUCAGGAGGAAAGUACAUUUGUCGAGCAGAACGAAUACAGUUGGGGUUUGUUAUUGUAACGGUCGAAUUGCAUUUGGCUUCAUCAUCUGUCGGAAACCUGGGGUCACCUCAGAAGAGAUUGUCUUCGCUGCCACUCCGUGCAUGAACGCGCACCGGCCGUAGCUAGUUGAUUGAGUAACGUGACGGAGCAACAGAGCGCUUGAAGAAACGGAAGGA